CAUCAAAAUAAGUACAACUGUUCCUUCCCUGCUAUGAUUGAUGACUGGAGGAUGGCGUUUCAUCAGGGCUCAGGCUGGCAGACAGCUUCCGAUUUCCCUUUUGGAUUUGUCCAGCUGAGUACCUUGAAAAAAGUUUCCAAAAGUGACGCCUUUCCGAAUAUCCGCUGGCACCAGACAGCAGAUACAGGUUUUGUCCCAAAUCCCCGGAUGCAGAACACUUUUAUGGCUGUGGCUAUGGAUUUACCAGAUGAAACAUCUCCCUAUAACCCGAUCCAUCCCCGAGACAAGCAGGACGUAGCCUUCAGACUGUCAUUGGGAGCAAGGGCAGUGGCGUAUGGUGAGCAGGACGUGGCCUUUCGUGGACCUUUCCCCAGCCAAAUCUUGUCCACUCCAAAGUAUCUCGAGGUAGCCUACGACCAAGAAUUCUCUGUCACUUCGUCUGAAAACAUCUUUGAGUGUUCGCUUUUUAAGAUCUGCUGCUCAAAGAGUGAGUCUCCAUGGGAUCCUAAGGCUCGUUGGGUUCCAGCUCCCAUCAUGCAGUGGGGUCUGACCACUGUCCAGUUAUCUACCAGCUUGUGUUCUCCCACUGAACAAGUAGCUGCUCUGCGGUAUGCAUGGAGAGACUGGCCCUGUGACUUUAAAGCCUGUCCAAUCUACAGCGCCUGUAAGAUUUUACCUGGUCCUCCUUUCAUUUCCACCAACCUCCAGCCAAAAGAUGAUGGAAAGUAAUGAGGAGCUGUCAACAAAAUGAACCAGACCGGUGAUUGUAACUAAGUCAAACUCACCUAAUGUUGUUUUCGCAUAUUUAAAGGGAAUGAAAGAAAGAUCUUUUCAUUUGUACUUCAGUGUUUCCCACAGAUCUGAAAUAUAAUUGGGGGGGGGGGGGGGGCGUGGGGGUUUGAGGUGACGUGCCUUUGUGACGUGCAACAACAUUAACAUUAACCUUUCUGUUGGUCGCUUGUUAGCAGACCCUUCAUGCGAUGGCAGAGCGA